CAAGCAGAUACUAUACCAAAUAUAAAUAUGCUGUGUAAGGAAAUCAUACAAUAAAAAUUGUUCCAUAUAUUUGAAUCAAAUGAAUUAAUUACCAAUUUAGUCAUCUUCUCAAGUAAUAUAAAUAUAUAAAUUGUAUUGCAACAAUUUUCAACCAUAGAUUAUUAUUACCUGUAUACCUUUCUUAAAGUUUUUCACCAAGAUGAAAUUUCUUCAGUAUCAUAACUUCAUUAGUAUUAUUACUAUUCUUUUACUAUGUAGUGCUUCGACUACUUAUUCUCGUGACAUUAAACAUUCAAACAUUAUGAAAUACGACACUCUUAAUAAUGUCGUUUCGAAGACCAUCAUUGUCGAUAAAUCAGGCCAUGGAAAUUUUAUUACAGUUCAACAAGCCAUUGAUUCUGUACCCAGCAACAACCAGUUAUGGAUUCGUAUUCAUGUUAAAGCUGGUAUUUACAAUGAGAAAGUUUUGAUCCCAGAAGACAAGCAAUACAUAGAUCUUGAAGGUGAAGGUAAAGACACAACCACCAUAAGUUUUGAUGCUGGAGGUGACAGUGGUAUGCAAAACACAACAUUCACUGUGUUAGCAGAUAACUUUAUGGCACAUGAUAUUACAUUUCAGAAUACAUAUAAUAUGGGAGGAAAAGGAAGCAUGAGAAACAUUACAUGGGCACCAGCAGCCAUGAUCGCAGCUGACAAAGCAAGCUUUUACCGCUGUGGAUUCAUUAGUCUACAAGACACAUUGUCUGAUGCUCAUGGCCGUCACUAUUUUGAAUCUUGCCACAUUCAAGGCGCAAUCGAUUUCAUUUGGGGUGAUGCCCAAUCCUUUUAUCAAAGUUGUAGUUUAGAAGUAACAGGAAGUAGGAUUGGGUUGUCUUACAUCACCGCUCAAGGGCGAAAUAGCGAAAGUGACAUGGGUGGGUUCGUGUUCAAUGGUUGCAAAAUAUUUGGAAAUGGUGAAGCAUUGUUAGGAAGAGCAUACAGAGCUUAUGCCACAGUCCUCUAUUACAACACUUAUAUGGAUAAUAUUAUAUCCCCUCAGGGUUGGGAUGCUUGGUUUAAUACUGGUCAUGAGAGUUUAAUCACUUUUGCUGAGGUGGGGUGUGAAGGACCAGGUGCUCACAUGUCUAAAAGAGUAACAUGGGAGAAGAAAUUAACGAAUGUAGAGUUGCAAAAGUUGAUCAAUGUCAAUAAUUUCAUAAAUCAAGAUGGAUGGUUGCAAAAACAACCAUAAUUAAUAUAUACAUCGACUUUAAUUAUAUAUUACUUUAUAUACUCAUAAUGAGAAAAUUAUGAUCAUAGAAGCAAAAAGUGCUCUAGUGGAACACAUUCUUCUAUGGCUAUGUAAUUCUUAAAAUGUCAUAUGCUAUAGUGGUCGGUGUAUAUUAAUGUUUUGACUUCCCUAAUAAAGCUUAUUUAUUUAUUUCA